AUGUCCUAUUCCCUGAAUGCUUGUACUCCCAAGGCAGCUGGACAGAACCGAACAUUCACCUGGCCAAAUCUCGACAAUGCAGCUCUGAAUACCAAGUAUCUGGGCAAUGCGUCCGCCUCGGACUGGGAAUAUUCCGGAUCUCCCAAGCUGAAGGAUGGAAACGUCAUCUUGACUAUGCCCAAGAAUAGUGUCGGAACGCUGAUUUCUAGCACGCAUUAUAUCUGGUACGGGAAGAUCGCGGCCGAUGUCAAAAGUAGCCGUGGGAAGGGCGUUGUCACUGGUUUUAUCCUCAUGUCUGACGUCAAGGAUGAAAUCGAUUUCGAAUGGGUAGGCUCUGAUCUGGAAAAUGUGCAAACCAACUUUUACUUCCAGGGAAUUACGAACUAUACAAAUGGGGCCAAGCUUCCCAUCACUGGAGAGGAUACCUACAUCGGCUGGCAUCACUACGAAAUCGACUGGACACCCGAGGCCAUAAAUUGGUCCGUAGACGGAAUCGUGAAGCGAACACUCACCAAGAAAUCCACCUGGAACGGCACCGCCAACCGAUACGAGUACCCCCAGACCCCAUCCCGCAUGCAACUAUCACUCUGGCCAGCCGGUCGAGCGAGCAACGCACAGGGCACUAUCGACUGGGCCGGCGGGCAGAUCGACUGGAACGCAGCGGAUAUUCGAGACCAGGGCUAUUACUCUGCCACAUUUGCCAAUAUUACUAUGCAAUGCUAUGAACCACCUGCUGGGUCCGGAGAUGGGCAUCUGUCUUACGCUUAUGUCGAGAAGACGGGUCUGGAAAGCUCCGUGCGUGUUACGAAUAAUAGCACGGUGCUGCCGGAUAUGGGCCAUACAGGCUUGAACAUGGGAACUGGCAAUUCUUCGACUGGUGUUGGUGCCUCGGAAGGUAGUUCCCCGACUACAUUGACAGCAUCGACGGCAGCGAGUACCGAAUUCGUUCAGCACGAGAAUAACGCCCCCGGACAAUUGCCCCGGAGCGUGUGGCUGGUUGCUGGGGUCCUGCUCGUCGCGGUGAUCAUCUCAUAA